UUAUCAUUCCGCUUUUUAAGCACCUUCAAGCUAAAGCUACCUUUACUAAUUGCUCCCCUUCAGACAGUUUGCCCUGCAUGAGCGAUCUCAAAAAUUACUUUAAGUACAUUGACGAAAAUAAGGAAUUUUACAUAGAUGAACUUGCUAAAGCCAUCUCCAUUAAAAGUGUCAGUGGUGAUGUUUCUAGGGUAUCAGAAGUAGAGAAGAUGGGGGAGAAAAUGGAAUCUCAUCUCAGAGAUAUUGGGUCGAAGACUAUUAUUAGAAACUUGGGCCAGUAUACUCAUCCCAACGGAAAAACUUUAGGUCUUCCCUCUGUUAUCUUCGGCCAGCUUGGAUCUGAUAGUUCUAAAAAGACAGUUUGCGUUUACGGGCAUUAUGACGUUCAACCUGCAGAGGAGAGUGAUGGAUGGGAUACUGAUCCUUUUGUUCUAACCAGAAAAGAUUCCAAACUUUACGGAAGAGGAGUUUCCGAUGACAAAGCCCCAAUACUGGCUUGGAUUUGGGCAGUGCAGGCUUAUCAAAAGGUUGGCCUUGAAGUUCCUGUUAAUAUAAAAUUCAUCUUUGAAGGAAUGGAAGAGAGCGGUAGUGUGGGCCUCGACGAUCUGAUUAAUCGAGAAGCUGAUCAAUUUUUAAAGGAUGUGGACUACUUUUGUAUUUCAGAUAACUACUGGUUGGGCACGAGGAAGCCAUGCCUCACUUACGGCCUACGCGGACUUGUGUAUUUCUUUGUAGAAAUCGAAGGCGCCCAUGCAGACCUCCAUUCCGGCGUUUUUGGCGGCGUCGUCCAUGAACCCAUGACAGACCUUAUACAUCUUUUUUCGAAGUUAAUUACUUCCGACGGGAAACUUUUAAUACCUGGUAUAUCGAACACCGUGGCCCCUUUAACUGAGAAAGAAUUAGAAUUGUAUAAAAAAGUCGAUUUUUCUAUUGAAGAUUUUAAACGCAGUAUAAAGGUCGGAAAAUGCAUUCAGGAAAACCCGGUGGACUUCCACAUGGCUCGCUGGCGAUACCCCAGCUUGAGUAUUCACGGUAUCCAAGGCGCUUUCUCCGGUGAGGGCUCCAAAACGGUGAUACCCUGCAAGGUCACAGGGAAGUUUUCGAUUCGUCUCGUUCCUAACCAAGAGCCCGAGAAGAUCCAAGCCCUCGUUUCAGACUUUCUCAAAACUGAGUUUGCCGGCUUGCAGUCUCCAAACAAACUUCACAUCUACUCUCCUGAAGGAGGCAUGCCGUGGGUCAGCGAUCCCGACCAUCCCAAUUAUAUGGCGGGAAAAAGAGCCAUUCAGCAGGUUUAUGGCGUUGAGCCCGAUUUCACCAGGGAGGGCGGAUCAAUUCCUGUUGCCUUGACUUUCGAGAAGGCUACGGGGAGAAAUGUCCUCUUGCUUCCGCUAGGACGAGGCGACGACGGUGCUCACUCUGUUAACGAGAAGAUAGACGAAUCCAACUACAUUAAUGGUAUUAAGCUUCUCGGUGCUUAUUUGCAAGAAGUAUCAAAACUAUAA